UUUUGCUUCUUUUCGCUUCCUUUACGCACGAGACAACCCAACGUGGCUUUUGCUUUUUACCAGACAUCUAUUCAGCUAUUAAAUGUAGUUACAUGUUUAUUAAAAAAGACGUUCUCAUACAAACACCGUAAUCUACGAAACAAGUCGUCUGACAAGUAAAAGAACUCGUUUUUCUGCCGCAGAGACAAACUGUCCUCCAGGAAACAUGUUUAAUGAGGAGGAAGACUGGAGUGACGAACAAGACGCCCAAGUCCUUAGCAACACUGUCCUCAGAAACCCCCAGAAGGCGAACAGCAGCACAAAUGGCAAGUCCACAGUGGUUGGGAAGAAGAGCCUGAUGCGGACCCUGCAGACACUGGGCUCAGUACCAGAGUGGAAGAAUGACGACCAUCAGCAGUCCAGUGACAGUGAGGCAGAGGUCCCAUCACACAGUCAGAAAAGAAAGAACAGAAGGAAAAAACGAAAGAAAGCGGAGAUGACAGCAGAGCAGCAAGAGAAUGAAGACGUGGAUCAGACUGUUAAUGAGGAAAAACCUUUAACAAAAAAGAGGAAGAAAGACAACAAAUUUGCGGCUCUGAAGGUAAAAAUCACAUCCAUGGGUGAGACACAGGAUAAAGAACUUACCAAAUCUGCAACAGUGAACAUAAACAAACCAGAGAAUACAGAGAAACUGAGCAGACAACAGUGGAAAAACAAAAUGAAGAACAAGAGGAAAUGCAAAAAUAAAUACAGCCAAAAUAAUCCCGAGAUGGAAGUCCGUAAAGCAGAAUCUGCAGAGCAACACAAGCCAAAGGAAGAAGUCAAAAUGGAUUCAUAUAGCAGCAACAGUCAGACACCAGCCAAGAAAAAGGAAAAGCAAUGUAAACCACAGAAAAGGAAAAAGACUGAAGCGGACACUGCAAUAUCCAGUCCAACAGAAACACAGACGCACAAAGAGGAAAAGCAGCAAAUUGGUGGCAGAGUUGAAAAAGGUGCAACUGAAUCUUCUGCUGAUGGAUCAAAACAGAAAGCAGAUGAACGUGUUGUGGAGAUCGCAGAUGAUCAGCACCAGUCACCCACGAAAAGACCCAUGCCGAGCAAAGAGCAGAUUCUGAAAAGAGAGAAGCUACGGAAAAUGCUCCACAGCCAGGAAGCGGUCCGACAGGAGAGUCCUGCAGAGCUGAAAGACGAGCUGGUGGAACCAGAAGAAGAGGUGAAACAGGACCGCUCAGCCUCCCUGAGGUCCCGCAUGGAGCAGCGACUGGAGUCGGCUCGUUUCCGCUACAUUAAUGAAGUUUUGUACAGCACGUCCAGCGGCGAGGCAAAGCGUAUGUUCCAGCUGGACCCACAGGCCUUCGGGAUCUACCACCGAGGAUACACGGCGCAGGUUCGGCGAUGGCCCGCCAAUCCAGUGGACGCCAUCAUCUCCUACAUUCUAAAAAAACCUUCCUCUCUGGUGGUUGCAGACUUUGGUUGUGGUGACUGUAAAAUAGCGUGCAGCGUGAAGAACAAAGUGCACAGCUUCGACCUGGCAGCUGCGUGCGAGCUGGUCACAGUGUGCGACAUGGCCAACGUCCCACUCCGUGACGGCUCUGUGGACAUCGCUGUGUUCUGCCUUUCUCUCAUGGGGACCAACCUGGCAGAUUUUCUAGCAGAGGCCAAUCGUGUCUUAAAGAAGGGGGGUGUCCUUAAAAUAGCAGAAGUGGCGAGCAGGUUCGAGAACGUGCGGAACUUCGUCUCUGCACUGGCAAGUCUUGGAUUCAAGAUGGUGUCCAAGGACACAGAGAACACUCAUUUCUACUCCUUUGAAUUAAUGAAGACUGGAGAUGCUCCAGAAAAUAUAAAGAAAUUUGGACUGCAGUUGAGGCCAUGUGUCUACAAGAAAAGAUGAAUGGGUUUGUGAUAGUACUUUUUUGAAUCAGUAUGUUUGUAAUGUGCAGCUUGGAUCUACUGUUUUCCUAAGCAGUAGUUGUACAUUUGUAUCUAAAUGUAUUGUUGUUGUGUGGUGUAAGUGUAUUGCUACAUUUUGAAGCCUCUGUAAUUCACAGAUUUGAACAGAGCUUUAUCUGCAAUAUUUGUACGUGAUUUUUCAUGUAAUACAGGGCUCUGUGAUCAUAUACCGUUACUAUCCAAAUGCAUGCAGGGUUCCUUCCAUUGUCUCUGGUUUAAGAUGUGCUGAUCAGUGAAAUAACCCUGGUGGUGUUUGGUUGGAAUGAAAACUUAAUACAUGUUUGGAUGGCACAUUAUAUACAGGCAUAGACAACAAGUUGUGUAAAUGUUAAAAUUGUCCUGUUAAAAAUAAUUUUUUUUUUUUUUUUAAAUGAAUCUGUCUUGUGACUGUAUUAUAUGCAGGGGCACGGAUUUUCAUUUUUUUGUAGUAAAGUACAGCGGUUGUGACACCAAAACAAUGAAAAAUACUGUUUUAGUAUGUAAUAUUUUUCAUUGCUUUAAGAAACUCUUCAGUAACUUAUUAAUAGCAAAUAUAUUUGAGUGAUUCGGAGUUCAAACGUUAAAAGGAAGGGUUUGUGACCUGAUUCACUCGGUUGUGUCUGUGUAAUCAUUCGCCACAAGAGGGUGUAACAGCACUGCAAACUAAUGGGUGGGUGAAAGAGGAGUAGGUCUGCAGCUGGAUCAUGAGAAUGUAUUUAUAGUUACACUGGUUGUCACAGCAGAUGGUCCUUACUGAUUUACUCAACCAAAGAUAUCACAAGGGCAGAUGGUGCAAAGCUGAAGUCAAAGUCAUCUCUGCUAUACUGUAUCUGGAGAUGUGUUGGUUGUAGCUCAGUACAUGGUACCAAAUUCAACAAAAAAAAGGUAUUUAAUGAUUUUAUUGACAAAUACUAUGAGCAUUAAAAAAAAUAACAAAAUUCAAGUAAGAUAAAAAGUGCAAAAGUAAUUAAUGCAUUUUAAAAUUGUUAAUGCCAAUCAGUCAAAACUAAACACCUUAAAAAUAUUUCAUAUUUCAGCACAUACAGGAUUCUAAUGCUGAACUUGCUAAAAAUUAACUGUAAAAAUAAACUGAAAUCAUCAUCAAACAAUGCUGCAGUUCC